AUGGAUCCAAAUCACAAUCUCUUCUUUGUCGCCUUUCUUGUUCUUUGCUUAGCUGCAAAUGGAGUUUCUGGAUAUGCUACAGUGAGUGGAACUGUGUUUUGUGACCAAUGCAAAGAUGGAGAGAGAUCUUUGUUUGAUUUUCCUGUCUCUGGAGUCAAGAUUAGUGUCACAUGUCCUGAUGGAAAUGGACAGGUGUAUAUAGCAAGAGAAGAGAUUACUAAUUGGCUUGGAGGAUAUGUAAUGAGGUUUGAUGGUACACCGGAUCUGAGCAACUGUUAUGCUCAGGUUUCAGACAAUGGAGCUCAACAAGACUCAACUAGUUGCAGCAUUGCUUCUGGUCCUCCACAGAAACUUAAACUAUUGUUCGGUUUUUGGGGGAUUGAAUCUUUCGUUGUGGAUCCACUUCUCGCUCAGCCGCUUCAGCCCCUGUCUUCUUGUCCUAAACCACCACCAAAUCCGGUUAUGCCUCCUCCUCCAGUCACACUGCCUCCUCAGUUUAAGUUUCCACCUUUGCCUCCAACCCCUCAGGCUCCGGUGAUACUUCCUCCUCCGGUCCCUGUCAACAUUCCUCCUCCAACUACAUCGCCUCCUCAGUUUAAGCUUCCACCUUUGCCUCCAUUUCCUCCAAUACCAUUUGCUGAGACUUCAGCUUGUUCUCACCAGUUGUGGAUAAGACCCGAGUACAGAUGCUACUGGAGGGUGAUAGGUCCCGACACGAAGGUCGCGGUUGCAUUCGGGCUAAUAGCAGGGAGGAUAUACGGGACUGAUAUGACUGUACGGGAAGCGCUAGAUGGUCGAGGAGAAGCCCACAAGACUCUCCUAAGAGAAGCAACAACUGCAUUACUCAAUUCAUACAACUCUCUUGGCUUUCCUUAUUCUUCCAUCGCUGUGAUCACACAGACCAAUAUGGCUCUCCUCGGGAAUUCGCAGCACGAUAUUCUCAUGACCGCUAUCCGUUUCAUCAAGGCGAAUUCCGGGACUUGCAAAUUCACAAUUUGCAAGUGA